AUGGCGCCGAAGGGACGGCAUGCGACGCCAGGAGGCGUCUUUUUUUUUGGCAAUUACAUUCUUUUGUUGAUGACCUCCAGAAAACGCCCAUUUCACGCUAUAGACUCCUUGAUUUUCGAUGAAGAUGAAGAAUGUGGAACAUCGUUCAAAUCUGGACCAGAUCCCUAUUUUAUCCCAACUGCGAUGAUUGAGGAGCUUAGUUGGCUGGAAACGACGUUGGUUUUUACAAGAAUGGAGUAUAUGGCAAAAUAUCUCGAAGAAUGCGUCGAUGAGCACAUCCGCGAGCAACCUGCCAUUCUCCAACGUCAACUGGAAUCCACAACCCUUGACAUACACCCCGAAAGGCCGACAGUUCCAGAAAGACGACGCCGUUUAUCGUCUCCAGAAGUCAGAAGACUUUUCAGGGAGAACCAAAUUGAUCGCUGGACAGGAAAAUUUGCGAAAGAACGGAUUACUACAGUAGAGGAGCAGAGAAAGUCUCGGAAGCGAAUGCAUCAUUGGGAAACUGGAGAAUUAUUGGAUAUUGAUCAUUUUGCGAAAGAUGAUGAUGCGGAUAUUGUUAAGCCACCCCGAAAGCCAGAAUGUGAGACACGUGAGGAGGCGGAGAGAAUGUUCGAGGGCCUCAAACCCAAAUUGGAAUGGGAAAUGAAACGGCAAGUGCUUCAAGAAAGAAGGGCUCAUGAGGAACAUGAAGAAAAUUACACAAAGGCAGUGGAAAAAUUAGAGAUCUGGUUGGCAAGAGAACGUCUUCGGCCAGAAGACGUCACUCAAGAAAUCUAUGAAAAGGAGAUGGAGGAUGCGAUGAGAGAGAUCAAGGAGGAGGAAGACAGAAAAGCGUGGCUUCAUGCUGAGGAAGAGGAGCGGAGAGCUCGGGAAUUGCUUGCUCAGAUUCAUUUGGACAAUGAUGCCAUCGUUGAUGAAUAUGAGAAUCCCAUGUUUCCUGGUGUUGAUGACAUGGAAGAGAGAAUCGAUACAGUUGGAAAUCAGUUCUGCUUGUUUCUGAACAGCUACGCUAUUUUUGCCCCCAUGGGAUCUUCGGAUAUGUUCGACAUUACUUGGUGGGAUUGGAUAAAAACCGAGGAAGUGUUGCUCAAAGAGCUCAAGCAGGGUUUCUCGGUUCGCAAGGCGAACACUUUUAUAGACAAAUUAUGUAGCCAAAAGCCAGAAUAUUGUGGAAGUGCUAGAGAAGCUUUGAUGAAAGCUUGCAAAGAAAUUCCUAUGAGUGACGACGACUGCAAACAAAUCGUGGAUCCAGUGAUGAAAAAUUUCUGUGAAAAGAACUCGAACAAAGACAGUGAGUUGCGAACCGUGCGAACCGAGAAACCCUGCUUGAGCUCUCUUAAAAAAUGCUGGGGCGGGUCCAGAGAUGUCCGGAAUGAAUUUUUUGAGAAACGGAAUCCGACAUCCGGAAUCCGGAAUGAAAAAAAGCACGGAAUCCGGAAUCCGGACAUCUAUGCUCGGCUUGGGGACUGCUACAAUAAAAUCAACUCGUUAGUGCAUGGAUUUUGCUUUCUCCACGAAGAAUUUUGUGGCUGGAUCACGACGACUCGACCAGCUGAGAUAACCACGACAACAAAGGCAGCACCAACAACCACCUCCAACAAUUCAAUGGCGAUUAUUAUUGGUUGUGUCAUUGGAGGAGUUGUUCUACUCGUUGUGGCGGUUCUGAUUAUUUUAAAGGUGGGGGGACAUGAAAAAAAUAAUGUUCUCGAAAUUCCGUUCAAAGAUGCCCCUCGAGGAGUUGAACUUGUGAGGGCGAUGAUUGAGGGUGCGGCGCCGCAACCGACUGAGCCACGCGGGCAAAGAGAAAGGGCACGCCCGAUUGCAUACAUAAAGGCGAGGACGACAGCUGUACGCAGAGUGACAUUAAGCGUUGUACACCGUCACGGUAGAAUGCAUACUCUAGCUACAAAAAAACUACGAAAAAUCUCCUGUCCCCCCCCCCUUUAA